AUGAAGGAGGAGAAUCAAGGAGAGUCUCAGAUCCGGAAGUCAUUCGCGGGAGCUAACAUUUUACUGACGGGAGGAACUGGCUUCCUUGGAAAACUGCUUAUUGAAAAAUUACUAAGAUGUUGCCCGGAGCUUAACAAGAUAUAUCUAUUAGUGAGGAAGAAGAAAAAUAAAGAUCCACAAACACGAUUAAAAGAACAGUUCGAUGAUGUGCUGUAUGAAACACUUCACAAAGAUCAGCCAGAUUUCAUCAAGAAGGUAGAGAUUCUAGAGGGAGAGUUGGACAGCGAAAAUCUUGGUCUCACAGACCAGGAUUGGCUGACAGUAUGCGAUAAGGUUAAUUUUAUACUCCACGGAGCAGCGACCGUCCGCUUUGACGAGACCCUGAAUAAAGCCGUACGCAUCAAUACACGUGGCACCAAGGAGAUGUUAAAGCUUGCUCGCUGUUGCAAAUACCUUGAAGCUUUUGUCUACAUUUCGACCGCUUAUUGUAACCUCCCGCAACAACCGAUAGAGGAAAAAAUUUACGACUUUCCACUGACCAGUGAUCUUCUUAUUGACGUAGUUGAACGCUUGGAUUCAAAAACUGUAGACGACAUUACACCUGGACUAAUAGGCAUGUAUCCAAAUACAUAUUGUUACACAAAGGCGGCCGCAGAAAACCAUCUUCUUAAACAUUCUCAAGGAUUACCUGUUGCUAUAUUAAGACCUUCUAUAGUGAUAUCAACGGCAAAAGAUCCCAUUCCUCUGGGUUGGAUUGAUAACAUUUAUGGACCGACUGGGAUAUGUGUUGGAGCUUCGGUGGGCAUUAUUCGAAUAAUCAAAUGUAACCCGGAUGCCAUCGCCGAUUUAGUACCAGCUGAUUUUGUUGUUAAUGCUUGUAUUGCCGUCGCUUGGAAGACUGCUCGACACCAUAAAAAAACCUCUGAGAGAAAACUUGAGGAGCACAGUGAGGGACCGAAAGAUGAGGCGACAACAGCUGACCAGAUUCCCCGUGUAUAUAAUUAUGUAUCUGGAAACCAAAAUCCUAUCACAUGGUGUACUUUUAUGAAUUACGCACAUACACACGGAUUUACAAUGGCGCCGAGUAAAGCAGUGUGGUGUUAUAUGUUAUUUCUUAUAAAUAACGCGCUCCUGUUCAGAACUUUGAACAUCCUUCUUCACUGGAUACCGGCUUAUGUGUGCGAUGGAGUAGCAGUUAUGAUUGGGAAAAAACCUAUGUAA